GCGUUGUACGUGUGUGCCCGUAGGCCUUCUUCUACCCGGGCGCGGCGGCCGGGUGCAGGCGCAGCCUGGAUGCGGCGGCGGCGGCGCGCCGCGAAUCGACUGUGUCGCUGCCGGCGGCGGCCGCGGCGGCCCCCGGGGGCGCGGGCGUGGGCGGGCUGGCGAUGGCACCCGCGGGCGACGCCCUCUCGGCACACGGCUCGCUACCCGCCUGCGCCUCGGCGGCGUCCGCCUCGUCCGACGCCGGCAGCAAGGACUCGCUGCUGUCGUUCGACUCGGCCGCCUCCACGCUCACCGGCCGCGACGGCUGCAGCAGCGAGGACUCGCUCAUCAUCUCGCGCAUCCGCAAGAGCUUCGAGCAGAAGGAGGAGUUCCUGCGGCGGCCCAACCAGCCCAUCGCGUGGAACCUGCCCGAGGGCGCGGCGGCGGCGGCUGCGGCGGCGGCGGCCGCGGCGGCGGGGCUGUCCAGCCCGAGCCCGCGCCCGGCCAGCUGCUUUAGCCCCACGCGCCGCACUGUACAAGAACCAAAUUCCGCGCCGCUUUCUCACU